AUGACACUGGAUGGUGCUACAGUGUUCACCAAAAUAUACAUGAAGGCAGGUUACGGGCAAGUCUGGAUUGCUGAGGGAGACGAACACAAGACGUUUGGUGUGAGAAGAUAUGGGUCGUACGACUUCCUAUUCAUGUCAUUCAGCUUGACUAAUGCUCCAACAACAUUUUGCACCGUGAUGAACCAAGUCUUUCGGGAGUACAUUGAUGAAUUUGUAGUGGUCUACUUGGACGACAUUUUGGUAUAUAGCAAAACAUUGGCGGAACACCUGGAGCACUUGCGGAAGGUCCUAGCUCGAUUUCGGGAGAACGAAUUAUAUGUGAAGCUAUCCAAGUGCUCCUUCGCCCAAAAAUAG